AGGUUCCUACUAUUCCCCCUCCUUCCCGUCCCAUGCAUUCUCGUCUCUCUACAGUCUGACAGACAACGUUGAAAAGAAGCCCUCAAUCAAUAGUUAAAGGUUUGAACUUUACGUUCGAAAAUACCCAAAAACAAAACAAAAUACAUGGGUACUAUAAUUUUUCCUAUGCUUUCUUCUAUCCGUUGAUUCCGCAAACUCGGUUUGUUUGUUUUGUUUUGAAAGCCGCAUUAACAAUACAAAAAUCAAACCAAAAAACAAAAUCUUCUUUAUCCGCCAUCUACCGCAAUUGUCGCGGAACUGAGCAAAGAGAAGCUAAAGCGAGUGGGAGAGAGAAAGGCAGAGAGGGUGGACUGCGAGAAAGUGAAAAGACGACAAUGAAAAGCAUUCCCAUUUUGGAACUUAUAGUUUGUUCUACAGAUUUAUAUAUAAUUAUAACCCAUUUUUGCUUCCCAUCCUCUGUUCUUUGUCCUUCAGUCCUCGCUUAAUUGACUCGGGUCCAGGGAUUUCGAUUCUUCUGAGUCUCCCCUAUGCUUUCUGGUCAGCGGUCGUGGUGGUUUUAGCGGGCUGUUAUGGGUUGCGUGAGCUCGAAGCAAGCGGUGUCGGUGACGCCGGCUUUGGACCAUUCUGGCGCGUUCCGGGACAGCGGCGUCGGUGCCGGGAAUUCGGGUCGUAUCCGGGUCGGCUCGGGGGAGAAUGAGAAGGGGAAGUCUAGUAACAGGAAGAAGAGUGGCGAGUCAGUGGUGGUGGUGGGUUUGAGCGGGAGCGAGUUGGGUGAGUCCGGGAGAGCGAGUUCCAAUGGGAACGACUCGUCAUUGAGCUUCAGAUUGGGGAAUUUGCAAAAGUACGUGGAGGGGGAGCAGGUGGCUGCUGGGUGGCCUGCUUGGCUCAGCGCGGUCGCCGGCGAAGCCAUUCAGGGCUGGAUUCCUCUACGAGCCGAUGCCUUCGAAAAAUUAGAAAAGAUCGGACAGGGUACAUAUAGCAGCGUGUUCCGAGCACGUGAAACAGAAACUGGCAGGAUAGUUGCUCUGAAGAAGGUGCGGUUUGACAAUUUUGAGCCUGAGAGUGUUCGGUUUAUGGCAAGAGAAAUUACAAUUCUACGCAGGCUUGACCAUCCGAACAUCAUAAAACUGGAGGGUAUAAUUACUUCCCGAUUGUCAUGUAGCAUAUACCUUGUAUUCGAGUACAUGGAACAUGAUAUUACUGGACUCUUAUCUUGCCCAGACAUCAAGUUCAGUGAGUCACAGAUCAAAUGCUAUGUGAAGCAGUUGUUAUCUGGAAUUGAGCACUGCCACUCAAGGGGAGUAAUGCACCGGGAUAUUAAAGGAUCAAAUCUGUUGGUUAAUAAUGAUGGAAUUUUGAAGGUGGCUGAUUUUGGAUUGGCAAAUUUUUAUAGUUCUGGGCAUAGGCAACCCCUAACCAGUCGCGUUGUCACCUUAUGGUACCGUCCUCCUGAACUUCUUCUCGGAUCGACUGAUUAUGGAGCAUCUGUGGAUCUUUGGAGUGUUGGCUGUGUAUUUGCAGAACUAAUACUAGGAAAACCGAUCCUUCAAGGGAGAACAGAGGUUGAGCAACUACACAAAAUUUUCAAGCUUUGUGGAUCUCCACCUGAUGACUACUGGAAGAGAACCAAACUUCCUCAUGCAACAUUAUUCAAACCACAGCAACCUUAUGAUAGUUCUCUUCGAGAGACCUUUAAAAAUUUACCUAAAACCACCAUAAGCCUGCUGGAAACUCUUCUGUCCGUAGAACCAUACAAACGAGGGACAGCUUUCUCUGCUCUAGCAUCUGAGUACUUCACAUCAAAGCCUUAUGCAUGUGAUCCAUCAAGCUUGCCAAUAUACCCACCCAGCAAGGAGAUUGAUGCAAAAAGUCGUGAGGAGGCAAAGAGGAAAAAGAUUGGUGGGAGAGUUCGUGGACCUGAAAUAACAAGAAAGCCUGCAAGAAAACCCUAUGGAAUCUGUAAAUUGGCAGCAGGAGAGGAGAUGGCAAAUCAGACUCAGGAUUCUCAUAAGAUUAAGGUUAGCAAUGGAGAUAUUCUCAAAGAUGUAAAUUCUACUAUAGAAGGCAUGGCACGAAAGCCAUCAGUUGAUAACAUUGAAGAGGCUUCCCAUGUAAAGAAUGCAUCUCAAGGUGACGUUCCCUUUUCCAUCCCCUUACAAGUUUCUACAUCAAGUGGUUUUGCAUGGGCAAAAAGGAGAAAGGAGGAUGCAUCCGUAAGAUCACACAGUAGGUCUACUUCAAGAGGACACAUUUGCAGUAUUGUAGAAUCUACUACUGCAUUGCAUGCCAGGAACAAUGUUGACUCUAGAAGGCACGAAAAUGGGGAUGCAUAUGGGACCCGCUCAUAUUGUAGAGGCCAUGAUUCCUAUGAGAUUGUCAAGCUUGCAAUGCAGAAUAAUUGGUGCAAGUUUGAGCGUCCAGACUCAUUUGAUGCUUCUGAUGAGUACCACUCUCAGGAACUGUCGUUGGCACAAUAUGAAAGAGAGAUGUCGGCUAAAAGAAGCAAUCUGGGGUACCAGGACCAAGGGGACAAGGUUGAAUUUUCUGGACCAUUACUGUCUCAAUCACACAGAGUUGAUGAACUUUUAGAGAAGCAUGAGCGUCACAUCCGCCGGACAGUGCGAAAAUCAUGGUUCCAAAGAGGUAAAAGGCAUGGGAAGUAAGUGAUAUGAUAUCUUUUGUUUCGAUCAUCCGAGUAGAGAAUUGGCUUCCAAAAACCGAAAUCUGAUCAUUAACAGAAUUCCCAUCAUGGAUGAACAUCAACAGACCAUGCUGCUGAAUCCAAUGAAUAUGACAUUAAAAUUGUUGAGAAAGUAAAAUCUGCAGCAUGAGCCUUGGCCAAUGGGGCUGGGAGCUACAGCCUGAUGAAACUACGUUUUUUAGCCAUAUAAGAGAUCGUGAAAGUAAAAACAAGAGAGGUUUGUAGUGUCUGGAUUGUUCUCUUCUUUCACUCAAUAAUAGUUAGCUUUUUUUUUUUUUUAUCAUUAUUUCAUUUAUAAUUCAGCCAUCCCUUCUGUUUUCUGAUGUGAUCAUGAAGACCAUCCGGCUAUGUACAUAUAUAACUGGUGAAUAGAAUUAUGAAGAGUAUUGUACAUUUUCAUGGUUCAUAAGAUUCAA